UGACGGAGAGGUAGCGCCCAGCCCUGGGGAUGGCUGUGAACGAGACAGAUGGCUGUUUGCUGAUGAACAGAGUCCUAGAAAAGUAUUACCUUUCCACCAUGUACAGCCUUGAGUUCAUUUUAGGCUUUAUUGGAAACACCAUUGUUGUGUUCGGCUAUAUUUUCUGCCUGAAAAACUGGAAAAGUGGCAACAUCUACCUGUUCAGUUUAUCAUUAUCAGAUUUAUUAUUUCUGUGUACUCUUCCAAUACUCGUGAACAGCUACUCCAGAGAUCAAUGGGUAAAGGAGGGCAUCUUGUGCUACAGCAACAGAUUCCUGUUGCAUGCAAACCUGUAUAGCAGCAUCCUUUUCCUCACGGUUGUCAGUAUUGACCGAUACAUGCUCAUAAAAUAUCCUUUCAGAGAACAUUUUCUACAGAAGAGGAGAAGUGCCCUAAUUGUGUCUGUUGCCAUAUGGAUCGGGGUGAUACUGGAACUGCUGCCGUUGAUGUUUUUCCUGGAGCCUAUAACGUCUGCCAAUAACUACAAGUGUCUUGAUUAUGCAAGCUCUGGAGACCCCACGAAAAACCUCAUCUAUAGCAUGUUCCUGACUGUCUUUGGGUUCCUUAUCCCUCUCUUGAUCAUGUGCUGCUUCUAUGUGAAGAUGGUUCUUUUUCUUAAAAACAGGAGCGAGCAACUCAGUUCCCCCCUGGCACUUGAAAAACCCCUUGCUUUGGUCGUCCUCACAGUGGUUAUCUUCUCAUUGCUCUUUACUCCCUAUCACAUAAUGCGCAAUGUCCGACUUGCUUCCCGAAUACCAGCCUUGAAUGUCUCUGUGUGCACGCAGGGCAUCAUCAACAGCAUCUACAUCAUCACGAGACCCAUUGCGUUUUUGAAUAGUGCCAUUAAUCCUGUUUUUUAUUUCUUAAUGGGUGACCACUUCAGAGAGAUGCUGAUGACAAAAAUAAGGCAGCUCGUGAGCAGGCUGACAACCACCGGCAAAUGA